CGCCUUCCUAUAAAACGCAAGUUCAGAGUCACGGAGGCUGUCAAUCAGAUGCCGUCAUCAUGAGGCGAGCACGCGCGUUGGUGGUGAUCACGUUCGUCGUUCUUGUGGCUUGUGUGAGCGGGCUGAGGAUACCAGAUCAGUCCUUGUCAAAUGAUUUUCUGGACAAUGAGCACCAACUCUUAGACAGAGAAAAGCGACAGAUGGAAAGUUUUGAUGAAGGCGAUGAAUACCCAAUAUCUGCCAAUCAAGAGGAAGACUCCGGAUUCUGGGACUCAGUAGUCAAAGUUGCACUCAAGUUGUUCAACAGAUUCAUAGAAUGGCUUAACUCAUCAUAAUAAAACUAAUUAACAAAUA